CCAAGACACAGAGAAGAAGGCCUCUGACGGUUGGACAGAGCUGCGAAAGGCUGGAUUUAAAGAAGCAGGAGGUGGGAGCUGUCGAAAACCCGGGAUCCCUGGAAAGCUGCGGUGCUAGGCAGGGCCCGAGUGACCAAGGCGGCUGGGGGCGCCUUUUCGAGGGCCUGUGGCCUACCGGGAGCCGCUGCCGGAACAUGAAGGGCGGAGUCCCGGGGGAGGAGCUGGCCCUCACUCCUCACUCCCCUGUUCCCCCUCUACCCCAGGCCGCAGCCUGGGAUCCCCCAGGGACUCCCCGGAACCACCGCUUUCCCCAUGGACUUGCCUGGGGACUCCAGCCCUUCUAGACAGCCAAGCCUGUGCCGCCAGCCCCUAGCUCGAGCAUUAUGGGAAGCCAAGAGCCCGAAAAGACCGAGGCUGCAGCCCCUAGGGACCCCUUCGCCCUUGGAAAAGGCCUCUCGGCGGGUCCUGGCCGUAGUGCUGGAAGAUGUCAUGGCUACAAACAGGGUCCCCCAGGCACACCAAGAGAGCACCUCCAGUUCAAUGAGUCGCAACGAUCAUCAGGACUCUGUCUGCAGACAGUCACCUGCUUUACCACCCCAGCAGGUCAAGUGGUCCUUACCAGCCAGGCCUCCUGACCCACUCCGUUUGUGCAGAGAGCCCUUGAGCCGUGCCCACCAGCCCUCUCCCGCCAUGAGAUCAGGGACAGCCACUGGCCCAGCAGAGAGCCCGUCACAAAAGAUGGACCAGGUCACCCAACCUACCCUGGUGGUGGUACUGGAAGACAUUGCCAGUCCCAGACAACCAGCUGAGGGUUUUGCUGAAGAUGGGCCCAACUUCAUUGUUCCAGCAGAAAGUACCUUCAGAAGCCUUAAGGGCCAGGGGAAGCACUGGCCCAAGACGGAUCUGGACUUGGAAGCACCCCCAACUCUUACUUUGUCCCUUCACCCCAGAGCAGAGCCUAUGACAAAAGUUCAUCAGCCAGUGCCUACACCCAGAGAACUAGAACCUCCAUUCCAACCAUCCACUCUGCCUGCUGACCCUCCGGAGAACCCACUACCAGCCCCAGAUCCUGUUCUGGAGGUCCCAUUGACCCCAACACCGUCCAGCCUUUUACGCCCCCGUCUCAGUCCCUGGGGCUUGGCCCCUCUCUUCCGUUCCGUCCGAUCCAAGCUUGAGAGCUUCGCUGACAUCUUCCUCACGCCUAACAAAGCACCACAGCCUCCACCCCCAUCACCUCCCAUGAAAUUGGAGUUGAAGAUUGCUAUCUCAGAGGCUGAACAGUCCAGGGCUACUGAGAGAAUUGCAUCUGUCAGCCCCCGGCCCCCUAUCCGCCAGUGGCGGACUCAAGACAAUUCUGUAGCACCUGUCUCUAAGUUAUCUUUGGGCCGAAGCUACUCCUGCCCUGAUCUGGGGCCCCCUGGCCCAGGUAGCUGUACCUGGCCUCCUGUUCCAUCCCAGCCAAGCCAAUGCAGACCCCGGAGACAUACUGUGGGUUGUGGGGAGAUGGCCCGGACCCCACCACCUCCUCGGCCCUGUCUCCGGAAAGAGGUCUUCCCUCUUGGAGGCAUGGGAGCCUCAUCUUGUCUCACUGCAUCUCGCUCAUCCACUGCAGCCACUUCCUUCCCCUGCGAGCCAGCAGAACACAGAUUGGGUUCAACCAAGGGGAAGGAGUUAAAAGCCUCAAAGGACAAGGUGUUUUCUGACCCAGAGACCAAGAUCACGGGAAAGGUUUCUAGAUUCAGAAUAAGGAGGACUCCUGUCCGUCUACAGCCAAACCUUACACCAAUGGGGCUGCCUAGACCAAUCAGGUUGAACAAGAAGGAGUUCACAUUGGAAGAAAUUUAUACCAAUAAGAAUUACCAAUCACCCACAACCAGAAGGACCUUUGAGACCAUCUUUGAGGAACCACGGGAGCGCAAUGGGACUCUGGUUUUUACCAGCUCUAGGAAACUCCGACGGGCUGUCGAAUUUCGGGAUAGUAGCAUGCCUCGAUCCCGUCGGCCAUCACGAGGGAUCCGCACUUCAGCUGGCAGGACCCUUACUCCCACUCUGGCACCCAGCCAGGAUGUGGGACCUUUGCUACAAGAACGGCUCAAGGAACUAGAUGCCUUGCUCCUGGAGGAGGAGACAGAUAGGGAACAGCCCUGUUAGCUCUAGGAGCUCCAACUGUUUGUCCAUCCGUCCUCCAGAGAGGGGGAGACUCUCUGGAUCAACUGUAUUUUUUUCUCUAUAUUUCUAUAAAAUUUUCAAUAUGUUUCUGA